AUGGACUAUGCUGCAUUUGGUGAUGUAUUGGUAUUUGAUACAACUUAUCGUACAAAUCAAUAUAAGAAGCCAUUUGUGAUUCUAGCUGGCGUGAGUAACCAUUUUAUGAUAAUCAUAUUUGGAUGUGCUUUGUUGCUUGAUGAGACAAUGAAGACAUACACGUGGGUGUUGGAAACGUUAAUAGAGGCCGUGGAUGGACAAAGACCCAUUUCUGUUGUAACAAAUGGUGAUAGGGCAAUGCGUCAGUUGAUGUUAAAGAAAUGUAAAAUUGUUGAGUUUGAUAAUGCGUGGGCUCGUAUGGUGAAACAAUACAAGUUGGAGAACAAUAACUGGGUGUUGGAGAUUCACCGCAAGCGUGAUAAGUGGGCUGAGGCGUAUCUUCGUGGGCACAUGUUUGCUGGGAUGAGGAGCACUCAACGUAUCGAGGGUAUGAAUGCAUAUUUCAAUAUGUUCCUAGAACAAAAGGUAAGGUUGUACGAAUUUGUAGCACAAUAUGAUAGGGCUCUUGCUAGGAUGCGUGUUAAUGAGCCAGAAACAGAAUCUAAAACAGAGAAUAGUUUCCCGGUUUUGACUACGCCAUUAAGAAGUUUGGAAAAACAUGCAGCUGAGCUCUUUACUAGGAAGAUUUUUUCAUUGUUUCGACGUGAAAUCAACAAAGAGGGUAAAUUGUUCGUAAUGGAAAGAGUUGAGUUGGAGGAUCGUGGCACUUAUCGUUUUGGUGAGUACAAGGCACCAACAAGCACAUGGACGGUUGAGUAUUUUCGAGCAGAUAUCACAAUAAAAUGUUGUUACUUGAAGUUUGAAUCGUUUGGCAUCCCUUGUUGCCACAUGGUUACUGUCAUGAAAUCUGAACAAUUAAUGUGUAUUCCACCGAGUUGUGUCUUGAAGAGAUGGACAAGACGUGCUAGGUCAGGAUAUGAACAACCAAGUCUUACCCAAAUUUCUGGCACCCUAACACAGACAGCCCGGUUCGGCAUACUAAGCUCAUGUUUUAGUGAAAUGUCAUAUUAUGCCUCACACGCAGACAACGAUUUUGAAGAGGCAAGGGAAAUGGCUUUCCAGAUGACAUUGAAGAUGAAAAAGCGCUGGGCAAUGCGAACAGAAUAUAAUAUCGCGGUUGGGGACAAAAAUAUUGCACCCAAACUAUGUGGCGUUGGUGAUCCUAAUGUAGUGAAGACCAAAGGGAACCCCAGAGGGACAUCUUCUAUGGGUAAACCUCCAAAACCAAGGCGGUGUGGGUAUUGUAGGAGCAUCGAACACACGAAACGAAGGUGUAAAAAAUUGGCUUCAACUAGCCGGAGAGAGGGUAGCGACUCAGACAUUGAAACAUUCAUGAACACAGAGUUGGAGCCCCACAUGGAAGAUAUUGAUGAACCGACAAAUUCUCAAGUGUAG